GGUAAUGUGAUGAUCCAUCAGCUGAUGAACUUUGACCUACAUAGUGGUGGGACUGAUGUGAAAACAGGUCUGACAGCAUGGCAGUGGUGGUAAAGAAUCGGGGGGCAACUCUGGAACGGGUGGAGAAGUUCAUAUCCAACAUCUACUUCACUGAUGUGAACCUCAGAGGAAGACUUUACCCCCAGAAGGCCCCAGUGACGUCCCUGCACCACCACUGUACAGCUGACAGGAUCAGUCAUGACCAGGCCGUCAGCAGGGAGUUCAAACCCACACAGGUCGGACACAGCUUUGGGAAGACAUGGAGCACACACUGGUUCAAGGUCGAGUUGGAUAUUCCUAAAGACUGGGAGGGGUCAGAGGUCAGGUUCAUCUGGGAUUCUGGGUCAGAGGCCAUGGUGUGGCAGGACGGUGAACCCAUCCAGGGCCUGUCAGGCGACACAUACUCCAGGACUGACUACAUCCUGACAAAAAGGCUGGACAAGGCACAACCUCACCAUAUAACCCUGUAUGUAGAGAUGGCAGCUAACGGCAUGUUCGGAGCAGGCCAGGGAUCCAUGAUCAGCGCUCCUGAUCCCAACAGAACCUUCACCCUGUCCCGGGCAGAGUUAGCUGUGUUAGACAGGGAUGUCUACAACCUACUCAUGGACUUUGAAGUCAUCUUUGAUAUGGCAAAGCACAUCUCAGAAGAGAACCAGCGUGGUUACCAGGCCCUGUACACAGCUAACCAGAUGGUGAACAUGUGUGAUGUCAGGGACAAGUCCACGUACCCGCGGGCCAGGGAGAUCGCUCACAACUUCCUGUCACAGCGGAACGGGGACUCCCAACAUGUCAUACAUGCCAUGGGACACUGCCAUAUUGACUCUGCGUGGCUGUGGCCUUAUGCUGAGACCAUCAGGAAAUGUGGUAGGAGCUGGGCGUCGACCCUCCGACUCAUGGAGGAGUACCCAGAAUUCACCUUCACCUGUUCUCAGGCCCAACAGUUUGCCUGGGUGAAGCAGCACUACCCCACCUUGUACCAGAAGAUCCAGACUCGAGCAGCAGAGGGCAGGUUCAUUCCAGUGGGGGGGACAUGGGUGGAGAUGGAUGGAAACAUUCCCAGUGGAGAGUCGUUUGUGAGACAGUUCUUGUUCGGUCAGAAGUUCUUCAAGAAGGAAUUUGGGGCCUACUGCAAGGAGUUCUGGCUGCCUGACACAUUUGGUUACAGUGCCCAGCUGCCCCAGAUUAUGGCAGGAGCAGGGAUACACCGCUUCCUCACUCAGAAACUCAGCUGGAGUCUCGUCAACAAGUUCCCUCAUCACACCUUCUGGUGGGUGGGUCUCGAUGGUACGGCCGUCCUGUCUCACUUCCCACCUGGGGACUCCUAUGAAACAGAGUCAAAAGUUGAAGAUCUUCUGAAGACAGUGAAGAACCACAAAGACAAAGGCAGAGUGAACAGUAGUGUGCUGCUGUAUGGACAUGGGGAUGGAGGGGGAGGGCCUACGGAGCACAUGUUGGAGAGACUGAGAAGGCUGACAGACGUGGAUGGCCUACCAAGGUCAGUUCAAAUCAAGAAGGGGAACAGACAGUGUGAGUUUCUGUUCCACAACAUAGAACUACUGGCAACACUGGCCUGGGCUGCAACCAGGUGCAAGGAAACAGAGAGAUAUGAGUACCCAUCUGAGCCCCUGUCCCACAUGUGGAGACUGUUCCUGCUGAACCAGUUCCAUGAUGUGUUACCAGGCAGCUGUAUCAAGGCUGUAGUGGAGGAUGCAGUACAGUACUAUCAAGAGAUCCAGACUUCUGGGUGCAAACUGUUGGGAGAAGCCACAGAGAGACUGCUUGGUGCAAAGCCCUCAACAAGCAUCCUUGGGGCAGUCAACACAAUGUCCUGGGACAGAGAGGAGCUGUUGGAAAUCCCAGCAGGCCUUGCUUCACAGAUGAUGAUUGACAGCUCUGUGCCACAACAGGAGUUGGGGAAUGGAACUGUGCUAGUCUGUGCCAGCUGCCCCAGUAUGGGCUAUGCUGCCCUAGAGGCCCCUGAAGCAGACCUGUGGCCGGUGUCUGUGUCAGUGGAUGAACACCAGGGCUCUGUAGUGCUGGAGAAUGGGUACAUCUCUGCAUCCAUAGACUAUAUGGGGAGGGUGACAUCACUGGGACUUCUGGAAACUGGCAGGGAGGCCAUUGCCCCUGGUUGUCUUGGUAACCAGUUUGUGUUGUUCGAUGACAUCCCUCUGUACUGGGAUGCCUGGGACGUCAUGGACUACCAUCUGGAAACAAGGAAGCCGUUGACAGACGUCUCACAGCAGGUGCACAUUGUGGAGAGCGGUCCCCUCCGUGCAGCUGUGCAGGUGCAGAUCCCCAUCAGUGAUGUCAGCUCCAUCAGACAGACCAUCACCCUGGACACAGGCAGCAUGGAGCUCAGGUUUCACACUCAGGUUGAGUGGCAUGAGAACCGUAAGUUCCUGAAGGUGGAGUUCCCGCUACACGUGCGUACUACGGAGGCUACGUACGAGACAGCGUUCGGACACCUGAGGAGACCCACACACCAGAACACAUCAUGGGACUGGGCAAGAUACGAGGUUUGUGGCCAUAAGUGGGCAGACCUGUCUGAGUACAACUUUGGAGUGGCUCUUAUGAACGAUUGCAAAUAUGGGCACUGUGCACAGGGCAACAUCAUCAGGCUAUCUCUACUGAAGUCCUCCAAGGCCCCAGACAGUGAGGCAGACAUGGGACAUCACAGCUUCACCUACGCCAUCAUGCCUCACAUGGGAACGUUCCAAGAUGCGGGGGUGAUCCAGGCAGCGUACAGCCUGAACCAGCCCCUGCUGCCUGCCCAGCUGCCAGCUGACAGGGACAGCAGGAGUCACAGCUUCUUCACUGUUAGCAACCCUGCUGUCAUCCUGGAGACAGUCAAGAAGGCAGAAGAUGUAGACAAUGUCAUCGUGCUGAGGCUGUACGAGUCCUGUGGUGGGCAUGGCACAACUACAGUGUCUUCUACACUACCUAUCACCAGGGUGGACAGGUGUAAUCUGCUGGAGGAAGUGGACAACAGUUCUAGUCUACAGUGGGAGGGGGGCAGUGUGCAGCUGUCAUUCAAACCUUUCCAGAUCAUCACAUUACUCGCAUACUUGUAGUCUCACAACAGUACCCAAAGAAAAAAGCAUCACACAUUUUCAUUAAGCUACAUUAAAUAUUAUACAUAGUAGCAACAACAAUAGAAUUGUGUCCAACUGAUUUUAAGUCUAACUGAUUUUAAAAAUCAUGAUUGUCAAAGAAUUAUGCAUGUGAAUCAGCAAAAUGCAACAAAUCAAUGUAAUCAGAUCAGAUCAAAAGAAAAGAUAUUUUAAAAACAAUUUAAGCUGUCUGUUUUUUUAGUCACACAACAGUACCCAAACAAAAAAUCCUCACACACUUUCAUUAAGUUACAUCAAGUCCUAUACAAAGUAGUAACAACAACAAAAUUGUGCCCUUCUGGUUUAAGAAACCAUAAAUUAUGUAGAAUAGGAAACAGUGGCCUACAACAAACCAUGCAAUUUUGACCACUAAGUUUUAGUGUUACUAUUGAUGUUGUCAUAAGCUCAAAAGAAAAGACCUUUAUAAACAAUAAUAACUUAAAGCUGUUUGUUUUUCUAGUCACACAACAGUACACAAACAAAAAAUCAUCACACACUUCAUUAAGUUACAUCAAGUCCUAUACAAAGUAGUAACGACAACAAAAUUGUGCACUUCUGGUUCAAGAAAUCAUAAAUCAUGAAGAAUGCAAAACAGUUGCCUACAACAAACCAUGCAAUUUUGACCACAAAAUUGUCCCAGAAACGAGGUCAGCAAAAUAAGAGGAAGGUGUCGUCCUUGGUACUGAAUUACCUUCCCAUGAGAUUAUGGUGUCAAACCCCUGUGGCAUGGCUCCAAAUCUGUGUGACAAUGUUUUAUUUUUGUUGCAUAAUCUAUUAUUUUAUAAAUUUGUUACUAAUGAUGAUUUUAUUAGUUAAAAAGAAAAGACCUUUACAGUAAUGAAAAUGAUUUAAUAAUUUUAAGCAUCUGAUGAAAAUGGGAAGUGACAGUAUAAUUGUGGUGAUUGUGAUAAUGUGUCCCAAGGCUCAGUUUAACCACUUUGAGUAGAACCAGAUAAUAAUACAUGUACUACCACUAGCAAGUGGUGCUAUUCAAAGAAAUCUCACAGUACAUGUAUUCCUUUCUUUGUUUACGUAGAACUAAACCUGUGCAGAUAUUGUUCCCUUAGAGUUCAUAAUUGAUAGUUUUGUAAAUCCCCUGACAAUAUUUUACAUCCAUUGUGACCGUAAAGGCUUGUGAUGCACAUAACUUGCAAAUACAAACAUUGCAAUAAAAUUUUAAAAAAAUCUUCUGUCCAAAUGGUUGUGCAUUGUGUAAUGUGUUGUAAAAUGUAAAUGAUGAGCGAAAAUGACUGGCUGUAAAAAUACUUUGUAGUAAAAUGGUCUUAAAAACAGUUCCAUAUUUUCCAGUUGUGCCCAUUUAUAUUAUAGGCUCCUCAGGAUUGUAUAAGCAGACAGACAUACCUGUAUGGCGACCUUAUCCACUGUGUCACAUGAACUAUACAACCUUUCUUGUACAAGAUAGAUCAUUAUUAGUGAUGACAAGAUAUAUGGAUGUGAGGAUAUCAUCUUUUGUACGGGUGCCAUACAGGGAUGUCGCCUCCAUACCGUAAAACUUCAAAUUUACU